UUUUCUGCCAGCGAAUUGCGUCAUCUCCUCUUUAGUAGAAUGCUCAUGUUCUUGAACCGAGUACCUUGUCGUCUUCCUGUCGUCAAUCUUGACACGCUUAGGAGAAUGAAUGGAAGCAGAAGCAGCAACAAGGUCGACGUGAGCUUGUCGCCCAACGCCGUACUGCCUGAGUUCGUGAAGAAGUCGAGCAAGGAGAGCUCGCUGCUCACCAAAUGCAUUCGAGAUGUGUUGGAGUUCGCGGAGGAGGACACCGACAGGGUGACCUUCGCGCUGAAGGUUGGUCUCGCCAUGCUUCUCGUCUCCCUGCUCGGACUAAUCCAGCGGCCCUUCGAGGUCUUUGGCACCAACAUCCUCUGGUCCAUCCUUACCGUCGGCAUCAUGUUCGAAUACACUGUAGGUGCAACCUUGUACCGGGGAUUCAACCGAGCCGUCGGAAGCUUGUUCGCCGGCAUCUUCGCAAUCUUGGUGAUCGGGAUAUCCAUGAGCAGCGGCCGUUUUGCCGAGCCAUUUGUUGUUGGCUUCAGCAUCUUCCUCGUAGGAGCUGCGACUUCCUUCGUGAAGCUGUGGCCUUCAUGUGUCCCCUACGAGUAUGGCUUUAGAGUCAUCCUCUUCACCUACUGCCUCAUUGUAGUCUCCAUCUAUCGCAUGAGCAACCCGAUGAGGACCGCCAUGGAGCGCCUGUACUCGAUCGCGAUCGGAGCGGCGGUCACCGUCGGCGUCAAUCUACUCGUCUUCCCCAUAUGGGCCGGCGAGCAGCUGCACGAGGAGCUUGUUAACAGCUUCUAUUGUGUCGCCGAGUCGCUCGAAGAAUGUGCGAGGAAGUACUUGAGCGGCGAUGGCUUAGAGCACACGGAGUUCUGCAAGAGGGUGGUCAUCGAUGAAUUCCCUGACGACCCUGCGUGCCAGAGAUGCAGAGCGAUACUGAACUCAUCCGCGAGGAUCGAGUCUUUGGCGAAUUCGGCGAAGUGGGAGCCGCCGCACGGCAGGUUCAGGCACUACUACGGUGCUUGGUCGGAGUACGUCAAGGUCGGAGCCGUGCUCCGGCACUGUGCCUACGAAGUGAUGGCGCUCUACGGCUGUUUGCGUUCGGAGAUACAGGCACCGAUCGAGCUUCGAGUCACAUUCCAAACAGAGAUCCUUGAGGCAACAGUCGAAGCAGCAGAGCUGCUCCGCGGCUUGGCGAAUGAUCUCGGCAACAUGAAGCAUACCGUUCGAGUGAGCCAACUCAUGCGUGUUCGUGUCUCCACCGAUCGUCUUCAGCGAUCCGUGGACCUGCACUCUUACCUCCUCAACUCACAUGGUUUCCCUCGCAAGCCGACCGGUAAAGAUUGUUCUCAUGGAUCUGGAUCUGAUCCAUCCAGCAAACUACACCGCGAGGCUGAACGCAGUCCAGCGACUGCACAACCGCAGACCCGGACUUAUCAUGAGACCAUGAAAAAGCAGCAGAGGAGGCUGUACUCGUGGCCGUCGAGGGAGGUGGAUGAGCUGGAAGAAGAAGACGGAGGAGGUGACAGCGCCGAGCUGAUCACCAGGAUGCGUGCGUUGGAGAGCACUGCAGCUCUCUCGCUUGCCACCUUCGCCUUGCUGCUCAUCGAGUUCGUCGCUCGCCUCGAUCACCUGGUCGAUGCAGUCGAGCAACUCGCUGCAACUGCAAAGUUCAAGCAACAGGCGGGCUUAGAACGUACAAAAUAACAUUAAAAGAAAAAAGGAAAAGGCUAUGAUCAGUAAGCAAAA